GUCUUCUCGUUAUGCGUAGACUUCUUCAAUGUUGAAGGGAUGAAUAUUCGUGGUGCCCGUACAUCGUGUGGCAUAAUAGCGCUAGCCUGCUUGAACCUACCUAUUGAAAUACGAUACAAACCACAGAACAUGUAUCUGGCGGGUAUCAUUCUUGGACCCAAGGAACCGGCCCGCACUGCGACAAACCAUUACAUCCGUCCUCUCAUCGACGAUAUGCUCAAGGCAUGGCAUCCUGGCAUUUACAUUUCACGAACCGCUCUUCGCCCGCAUGGCCGCUUAACGCACAGCGCGAUUGUUGUUGGCGUAUGCGAUCUACCCGCUGCUCGUAAAACGUCUGCCUUGGCCCCAUCCAUCUCCAAGAUUUUCUGCUCGACGUGCACCUGUUGGAACGUCACUGACGACGACGGUAAUAUCAUCCGAGGCUGGCGGGACCUCCUUCGUCGCACGGAUCACCUUUCGUGGAGCCGUCGGGAUGGCCAAGAGAUGCGAUGGCAUGCGGAACAAUGGCGCAACGCAACCUCGUCGAGGGAACAGGACGAAAUUUUCAAGCGUCAUGGAGUGCGUUGGUCCGAAUUGUGGCGCCUGCCCUACUGGGAUCCUACUCGCCAGCUCGUUGUUGACCCAAUGCAUUGCCUGUAUGAAGGCUUGGCGAAAUUUCAUUUCUGCACUGUGCUGGCUCUGUCCGAGUCAAAUGCAACGGUUGCACCUAAAUCUCAGCCGGCGUUCGUGUUCCCCUUUGCGCUUCCACCCAUUGAGGAUGAAGAAUGUGACGUUGGCGACGACGCGUCCACCGACGUCAUGGACGUUGACGAUCUUACCUCGACCAGUCAGGACGGGCCUCAGAUCGGCGACCAAUUAGCUGUUGAAUACCCUGCUGAGGUGUCCGACGUGGGUUGGACACCGAAGCAGGAAACCACGAAACCAUCCUGGGUGGAAGGCAUUCCUGAGGAUUUUGGUGCCGCCGCAGCCGGGACACCGAAGGCUGCCGAAUGGCGCACACUUUUCAGGCUUUAUCUACCACUUGCCCUAGUCUCCUUACUGUCGCAAUCAACCUCACCUCAUUUCAUGGCGACCGUUGACAACACCAUGGAACUCGUGCUUGCAUUGAUUGUAGGCUGCCGCGGGACGACUUCCCGACGUCGCGCCGAUUCCUACCGCAAUCAUUUACGCAGCUAUAUCGAAGGGCUGAAGACUUUGUACCCCAACCUGCAACUGAAUUCAAUCCACCACCUCGCUUUCCACAUUCAUGAUUUCCUCACGCUUUUUGGCCCCGUUCCAUCGUGGUGGUGUUUUCCGUACGAGCGACUCAUUGGGAAAUUGCAGCGUACGAACCACAACCAUAUCUUCAGGGAACUGGAGGCCACGAUCCAUCGUACCUUCGUCUAUUCCGGC